AUGGCUCCAAAUGUCGACGACUCAUCUCUGAAAGCCCCAUCAGGGGACAUGCUUGAUGGAUCCAACGCCGACCGAACGACGCUUUCUGGGGUUGGCAGAGGCCGUAUUCAGCAGCAAUUGGGUGAGAAUCAGCAAAAGCUGGAUACUGAAGGGGCUGUUAUUGAGAGAAAUGGUCGUGGUGGCAGCAGGAGGGUGGCUGUGGCACAAAUGACAGCAGUUGGUGAUGUUGAGAAGAACUACGCUACGUGCAAAUUACUUGUGGAGCAAGCAGCUGCAGCUGGUGCAACCCUCCUCUGUCUCCCCGAGUGCUUUUCCUUCAUUGGUGAACGGGAUGGAGAAGCUGCGGCAGUUGCUGAGCCACUUGAUGGUCCACUCAUGAGGAAGUACUGCCAACUGGCACGAAACUUUUCUAUCUGGCUAUCUUUGGGAGGAUUUCAGGAGGCAGGAGGUCCUGACGCAGGCAAACGUUUCUUCAACACUCAUGUGCUCGUGGAUGACACAGGGACGAUUCAAGCAGCUUACAGAAAGAUUCAUCUGUUCGAUGUGAAUGUUCCAGGGGGACCAGUCCUGACGGAGAGCAACAGCACACUACCGGGAUCAAGCGUUGUCUCUGCUAUGUCUCCAGUUGGCCGACUUGGUUUAACCGUUUGCUAUGAUUUACGCUUUCCGGAGCUCUAUCAGCGGCUCCGGUUCGAUCAUCAUUGUGAUGUACUUCUUAUUCCUGCCGCAUUCACCCAGAAGACUGGAGAGGCUCACUGGGAAGUUCUUUUGAGAGCACGUGCCAUAGAAUGCCAAUGCUAUGUCAUCGCAGCAGCUCAAGCAGGCCGACACAAUGAUCGCAGAGACAGUUAUGGUCAUGCCCUUGUCGUAGAUCCAUGGGGUAGAGUUGCUGCUCGUUGCAAAGAUGCAGUUGCAACAGGAAUUGCAACAUUGGACAUUGACAUGGACCUUAUUGUGUCUACGAGACAACGUAUGCCAAUCCAUCAGCACUGCAGAGUUGAUGUGUACCACGGUGCGCACCGAAUCUCCAGUGAUUUCAGUGACUCCAAGCUUUGA